UGCAGAGGCAUUGCCGUGUUGCGUGAACGUGACAUGGGCUGUAAUGGGGCUGGAGCCAUGUGAUGCUGCACAUUCACUGUAUAGUAAGCAGCGUUUGUAAUCUGUAAUGUGACAGCAUAAUAAAGCCUCUGCUGUACAAGUGAUGCUCGAUGCGGUGCUGUGUCUAUAGCAGCAUGGAGGACGAGAUCCACUUGCCAGCUACCCAGGCAGCUAUACUGGCAUGCUGUGCCCUUGAAGGAGUAAAGGUUUGUGGUGGCCCUUCGCAGCCUGUUCAGCCAGUGGUAAUCCCGAAACCCAUACAGUCAUCUCAGAAUGUCAUAAACACCCCUAUUCAACCAAGCUGCCCGGGAAGAGGUAAAAUGGCCAAACUGUUAAAUCCAGAAGAGAUGACCUCAAGAGAUUACUACUUUGAUUCCUAUGCACACUUCGGAAUCCAUGAGGAAAUGUUGAAAGAUGAAGUGCGCACCCUUACUUAUAGAAAUUCAAUGUACCACAAUAAACACGUGUUUAAGGACAAGGUGGUCUUGGAUGUCGGCAGCGGUACUGGAAUCCUGUCUAUGUUCGCAGCAAAGGCUGGUGCAAAGAAAGUAUACGGGAUUGAAUGUUCCAGCGUUUCAGAUUAUUCAGAGAAAAUUAUCAAGGCCAACCACUUGGACAACAUUAUUACAAUAUUUAGGGGUAAAGUAGAAGAGGUGGAGUUGCCAGUAGACAAAGUGGACAUUAUCAUCACGGAGUGGAUGGGGUACUGUCUGUUCUACGAGUCCAUGCUCAAUACUGUCAUCUUUGCACGGGAUAAGUGGCUGAAACCUGGAGGGCUGAUGUUCCCUGACCGAGCCGCUUUGUACAUCGUCGCCAUCGAAGACAGGCAAUAUAAGGACUUCAAGAUCCACUGGUGGGAGAAUGUCUACGGAUUUGACAUGACGUGCAUUGGAGAUGUGGCCAUAAAGGAGCCGCUUGUGGACAUAGUAGACCCAAAGCAAGUGGUGACCAAUUCCUGUUUGAUAAAGGAAAUUGAUAUAUACACAGUGAAGCCGGAGGAACUGGCAUUUACUGCAGCUUUCUGUCUACAAGUACAGCGGAAUGAUUACAUCCACGCUCUUGUCACCUAUUUCAGCAUUGAGUUUACAAAAUGCCACAAGAAGACUGGAUUUUCUACAGCCCCCGAUGCUCCUUACACGCACUGGAAACAAACAGUCUUCUACCUGGAGGAUUACCUAACAGUACGAAGGGGGGAAGAGCUAUAUGGAAGCAUAUCAAUGAAACCAAACGCUAACAACAUUCGUGAUCUGGAUUUCACAGUAGAACUGGAUUUCAAAGGCCAGCUGUGUGAAGCCUCAAUAUCUCACGACUACAAAAUGCGUUAGGACAACGUCCCAUUAACCCUCUACCUGCCAUACUUGAAGCCACUGGGUUCUUCGGAAGCUGCACGGCGAUGGGAAAGCGAGCCCGUAGCAACGAAGACUAACUGUGCUGGCAACGGAAAAGGGAUGAAACAAAGCGAAUCAAAAAUAAAUUUGACGUAUUUAAGCUGUUGAAGGUAGCUAAUAAAUGAAAUGAGCAACUAUGUUGUGUUUACUGGUUAAUUGUGAUCUGAGAUAGGAAUUGUUGUUUUGGGAACUGAAAGUCUUUGAUUUGUAAAGAAGAUGCU